AUGGCCAAGAGCAAGGUAGCGCCUCUGAAAUACCAAUCUAUUCCACGAUUGGAACUACAGGGGGCACUCAUAGGCGCGCGGUUGAUGAAUAGUGUUUGCGAAAGCCAUACGCUGAAGAUCGACCAGAAGUUCUUGUGGACUGAUUCCAGCACCGUUCUUGCCUGGAUACGUUCCGAACACCGGAGAUACAAACAAUACGUUGCACACAGAGUUGGAGAGAUACUGACGCUGUCGGAACUGGAAAACUGGCGAUGGGUACCAUCGAAAGAGAACGUGGCAGACUGCUUGACCAAGUGGACUAAAGACACAGAACCGAGCUCUAGCGGCAGAUGGUUGAAUGGCCCUUCGUUCCUGUAUCACCUGGAAAGAGAAUGGCCGGAACAGCGACAUCCAGCAGAAACCAACGAAGAACUCAGAAGUCACGUGCUGUUGCACCGUGUUGCUAUACCCAAGAAUCUUGUGGACGCUGGCCGAAUCUCGAAAUGGAAUGUAUUAGUGCGAACGAUUGCAUUCGUCCAUCGCUUCAUCUCUAACUGUAGACGUCGCCUGCAGGGUCAUCCGAUAGAAACAAUUAGGGCAACGGCUGCCCAGGAGAAACUGCUCAUCAAGCCGAUACCUGCGAAGUUGAUACCGCUAUGCCAACAGGAGUAUGUGAAGGCGGAAAUGUUCUUGUGGCGCGCUGCUCAAAGUGAGUCCUAUCCCGACGAAAUGCGAGUGUUGCUGAACAAUUGGAACAAACCAACGGAAGAGCUCCUCAACGUAGAAAAAUCAAGCUCUCUGUACAAGUUAACACCCUUUGUGGACGAACACGGCGUUAUCCGAAUGGAAGGCAGAACAGCGAACGCCGCUUACGCAGCUUUCGACACCCGUUUCCCCAUCAUCCUACCAAUAGAUCAUCCGAUAACGCAACGUCUAAUCGAACAUUACCAUGGACAGUUCGGACACGCUAACAAGGAGACCGUAGUGAACGAGUUACGACAACGUUAUUACAUCCCCUGCUUACGUACUACUGUGGACAGAAUUUCGAGAAAUUGCCGGAGAUGUAAAGUAGCCAAGUGCAGGCCGCAGUCUCCGCGCAUGGCACCACUUCCCAAGCAACGACUGACGCCGUACUUGAAGCCGUUUAGUUACGUCGGAAUAGACUAUCUGGGUCCUCUGGAAGUCACUGUGGGACGGCGUAGAGAGAAGCGGUAUAUCGUCGUAUUCACCUGCCUUGUUGUGCGGGCUAUUCAUCUGGAACUGGCGUAUAGUUUGACGACCGACUCGUGCAUCAUGGCAAUCCGAAGAUUCACCUGCAAAUGGGGCUCUCCAGUGGAGAUCUUCACUGACAACGGCACCAAUUUCGUGGGCGCCAACCGAAAAUUGAAGGAGCAGAUCAAGAUGAUUAACGACAAGUGUGGCGAAACCUUCACGGACGCGCGGACAAAAUGGUCCUUCAACCCCCCCGCUGCGCCUCACAUGGGGGGCGUAUGGGAGAGAAUGGUUCGUAGCGUGAAAGAGACGAUGCAAGCGUUGGAGGAUGGGCACAAACUCAACGAUGAAAUCCUACUCACAGUGCUUGCGGAAACCGUCGACAUCAUUAAUGCUCGACCGCUUACCUACAUGCCGCAGGGACCGAACGAGUGUGAGGCACUCACGCCGAACCACCUUCUUUUUGGAGAAUCUGCUAGGACACACGAGGAGAUGAGAGAGCCAGUAGACUUAGCUGAAGCGUUGAGAAGCAGCUAUAAGCGUUCGCAGUUCCUGUCCCGUAUAGCAUGGGAGCGAUGGCUAAAAGAAUAUUUCCCAACAGUGAACAAGAGAUCGAAGUGGUUCGAAGAGGCGAAACAUAUGAAGGUAGGAGAUCUAGUAUAUGUGGCAGAAGGCAACCGACGAUCAUGA